AUGGCGAAUGGUCCACAAACAUCAAGAGGUGCGACGCAGACGGCUAACGAAGCUUCAAAUACUACGUCUAAAGUUAAUUCUCCCCGAGAAUUUGAGUUUACUAAACCAGAGGCAUGGCCGGUUUGGAUUAAACGUUUUGAGAGAUAUUUAUCUGUGGCUGGCCUGACAAAUAAGUCAGAAAAAGAAAAAGUUGAUUUGCCAUGCUACACAAUGGGCGAAGAAGCCGAAGAUAUCUUGUUACGUAUAUUUCCUAACCUCGUGAAUGAGACUCUUUACAGUGAGGUUAAGAAAAGAUUUGACGAGUAUUUUUCUCCAAAAAAGAACGUUAUAUUUGAGAGAUACAAGUUUAACUCGAGAUUCCAAGAAGAAUCUGAAAGUGUUGACUCUUUUAUUACGGCUUUGCACGCGUUAGCUGAAAAAUGCGAUUAUGAAACAUUAAAAGAUGAUCUUAUUCGUGAUCGCAUCGUCAUCGGGAUAAAAGAUGUUAGAGCUUCUGAACGAUUACAGCUCACUCCAAAUCUCACGCUAGAAAAUGCAAUUACGUUAGUGCGACAAGCGGAGAUGCAAGAAAAGCAAAAUAAAGUUUUGCGCUCAAAGAACCCAGAAAAAAGUGAAGUGAAUCGUAUUAUAAAAAAGAAGCCUAGUGUUAAAAAAAGUAACGAAAAACAUGGAGAUACAGCGAAAAGCGAAAAUUGCUCUCGCUGCGGUUUACGAAAACAUCAUUCGAAGAAGUGCCCUGCACUCAACUCAACUUGUCGAAACUGCGGGAAGAAGAACCACUGGGACAAGGUGUGUCGGAGCAAGUCGAUCAACGCCAUACACGGUGCGGAUCCCGAAGAAGACGACACGAGCGAAGAUGUUUUCAACACACACUUCAUCGGAGCAGUGAAACGUAAACAAAACAAUUCUCGCGAUUACACAGCAGAGUUCGAGGUUUUAAAUCUUGCACCUUACAUCGAAAAGGUGAACUCACGUAACAAGGAUCCAGUUAUCCUACCGUGCGAAUUAACUCAGGUAUCUCAAUCACGUAACAAUGUAAAUCCUGAAAAUAAUGUAUCAUUGCGUGUAACAAAUCAAAAUGCUAAUAAUAUAUCUGUAAACCAAGAAGCUAACAGUAAUCAAUGUUCCGAAAUGCAGUCAACAGCUGUUCAACAAGUAUUGCCGAUUAGGUCCAAUACGAACGAAGAUGUACGUAAGUCAAGUCGCAACAGACAACCGACAAAACGCUUUGGCAUUGAUUAA